AUGACCAAACUGAUUCUAGUCACCGGUGCCACCGGCUUCAUUGGCGCCCACAUCGUCGAUGCGCUGCUAUCUCGCGGACUGCGGGUACGCGGGGCAACGCGCUCGCUGGAAAAAGGCAAUGCCAUGAUCCAGGCUCGACCGCAGUACGCCAAGCAGCUGGGGUUUGUACAAAUCGACGACUUCGAGAAGCCCGGUGGCCUGAUAGAGGCCGUCAAAGGCGUAGAUGGUGUGAUCCAUACUGCCAGCCCAUUUACCUACGACACGACGGACAACGAGAAGGAGUUAAUCCGACCCGCCAUCAACGGCGUUCGCGCCAUCGUCGAGGCCGCCUCCACGAACCCACAAAUCCACCGCAUCGUGCUCACCUCAUCCUUCGCCUCCAUCAUAAACGUCAACCGCAAGGGCCCGCCGUAUUUCACACUCACCGCGGCGGACUGGAACCCGUUGACAUACGAGGAGGCCGCGGACCCAGCGACCAGCGCGGUCGUCGCUUACCGGGGGUCGAAGAAAUUCGCGGAGUUGGAGGCAUGGACGUACGUGAAGGAACAAAAACCCGCGUUCGACCUGGUGGCCUUGUGUCCGCCCAUGACGUUUGGCCCGGUGGUGCACCCCGUGCCGAGCGUGGACCGGCUGAACGAGUCCAAUGCCAUGCUGUGGAAGAUUGCGAGUGGGGCGAACCCACUACCUGUGUCGCGGGUGCCGUUCUGGAUCGACGUCCGGGAUCUGGCUGUCGCGCAUGUCGAGGCGUUGUUGAAUCCUGGGGUCGGGAAUCGGCGUUAUGCUCCUGCGUCGCCGGAGCGAUUUUCAUAUGGGCUGGCGGCUAGUAUCAUGGCCGAGGAAUUUGAGUCGCUCAGGGGGAAGGUGACGUUGGAGGAUCAGGCUCUCGAUGAGAGUUACGGGUUGGAUGGUGAAACGCCAGCGAAGGAGUUGGGGUACUCGUAUAGACCAUUCCGAGAGACGGUCAGGGAUCUCGUGACACAGGCCAUUAAGAUGAGCCAAACAUCCUAG